AUGUCAACAUCAAAUCAUCGAUCUUUGGAAAGAGAAAUUUUCUAUAAUUGUACAUUGCCAAGAUUUGGUUCGUUAUGUCAAUAUGAAAUUAACUAUGUUCAUAAAAACUAUUCAUCUCUAUAUGAUAUGAUCAAUGAUUACUAUGAAGAGCGAUACUUCAGUCCUGAUGUAAAUUGUUAUACUCAUUUACAAUGUAAUCGUGGUCCAUCACCAGCUUGUUUGCAUUGGACAGAGAUUUGUGAUGGUCAAGUUGAUUGCAUCGAUGAUAAAAUGGAUGAAAAAGAUUGUUGGAAAAUUGAAAUUCAUGUAUGUCAAGAUGAUGAAUUCCUAUGUUCGAAUGGACAAUGUAUACCUAUGGCUUUUUAUCAUGAUGAUGAUACUACUACUGAUGAUUGUGCUGACUUGACAGAUGAACGUUCGCCACAACGAAGAGAAUCGUUGAGCUUCAUUUAUAAACAGCCAUCAUUUAUAAAUGAAGAGAAUCAAUUUCGUCCACUACCCAUCGGAAAUCUUAAUUUCGAUCUAACAUGUAUCAUUGUAUCAACUCUUCAAAAUGUAUCUCAAUGA